UUUGUCGAUAAAAAACGUGUUAAAUUAACUCAAAAUUAAUAAUGUUAAUAUAUAAAAGACUUUGUUUAAAAUUUCUUGCAAUUAUUAAACGGAACAAAAUGCGUACUCUAUUCUUUAUGGUGCUGGCGGCCAUCUUGUGUACCGCACUGGCUAAAAACAAAAGGGAUGAUAACAAGGUGAAAAUAGCAGUUUAUUACGAAGCGUUAUGUCCUGACAGCAAACGUUUUAUCGUAUCACAACUUGCGCCUGUCUGGAGAGACUUCAGGGGCGCGGUGAAGGUCAAACUUGUGCCGUACGGCAAGGCUACUCACGACAAAGUUGAUGGAAAAUGGCAGUUCACUUGUCAACACGGCCCUGACGAGUGCUACGGGAAUAAGGUACAAGCUUGUAUUCUGAAGGACCGCAGUUUACAGGAUACAGACAAAAUGGAGCUUGUGAUGUGUUUGAUGGGCAACGCGAGUCCUGACAAAUCUCUUGAUACGUGUUUGGGUCAAGUGAACAAAUCGAAUAACUCUGACAAGAUAAAGCGUUGCGCUAGCGGGGAACAAGGCGACGCGUUACUCGCCUCGUAUGGAGACAAGACUGAUUUGGUGCAACGCCCUCUAUCCUUCGUGCCCACUAUUAUUAUAAAUGAGAAAUUUGAUCAGGCGAUCCAGGACCAGGCGGUCAACGACCUGCGCGGCGUGGUGUGUCGCGUCGCCGUCAACAAGCCUGCCAUCUGUUGAUGUAAGCUUGAAACUUAACAAGACGCACAGCUCUAGUUUCUCCCCAAUAGAUGGUGUUAUUUACGUUUUCGUAUUGAUUUUUUUAACAAUAAAAGUACAAUUUUUAAAGUAUUAGGAAACUAUCAUGGCUAUGUAAAACGAGGCGUCAUUUAUUUUGUUAUUUCAAUAUAGUUUUCUAAUUGAAUUUAAAUUAUACUUAUAACUUGAUUUCUACUUGUAAAAGUACAAGAUAUAAUAAUAAUUUCAGUUUACAAAUAAUUUUGUACUCAAUUUAAGACUUAGUUAAGACAAUAAUUUAGUUUUAAGACACUUUAUAAGUUUAUAAAAUAUAAAAUUGUCAACUAUU